CUCCCUCUCUGUGUGUUUCUCACCCACCUUCAUGCACACUCAGACACACAGAAAAAGAGGAGAAAGCCAGACAGCGGAACUGCGACGGCAUGAUGGGGAUAUUCUGCCUGCGUGGGAUCCGCCACUGAGGUGUCCGGAGUUCAGCUACAGCGCGCGCGCGUGAGCGUCCCUACGUGUGCGUGUGUGUGCGUGUGUGUGAGAGUGUGUGUGCGUGUGUGAGCGAGUGUGAGCGUGCAUGCAUUCAGACGUGAGUGAGUGAAAGCAAUCGGCACGGUGCGAAGGGGCAGAGGAGUGUUGACUCAGUCCGGACGCCACAGGAUCAGAGGACGCGGAUGUGCGACAAGUACUCCCAACAGCUGCUGCCGCCGCCGCCGCCGCCGCCGCUGCUCCGCAUGCCUCCGCGUCCUCUCAACUUCUGCCAUGGAAAAGCCUCCUCUUCCAGCUCGCCUCUAAUCCGCUGAGGGAAACGGGCAUGCAGGGGCACAAGCGGGGAUCUAGGAUAUCGCAUCUUUUACGUCAGCAUCGCUCAGUCUGAGGAAACAUGGUGAGCAAGGAGGGUAGCAAAUGCAUGCUCACCAACUCAGAGUCCGACUCAGAGGCACCGCCUUUGCCCUCCACUUCCCUGGCACUGGAGUAUUCCCUGGAAGCCAGUCGACAGGUGAGGAAGAGAAACAAAGCCCUGCAAGUGCGCUUCAAGGACAUCUGCGAGGCACAGAACGAGCAAAGGGAGGCGGAGCUGCAGGCGGCGGGGAAAGGCGGCAAGCCAAUGUCGUACAAAGUGGCGUACCGCAAGUACAUGACCGUCCCUGCCCGCAGGUCCAUCCCAAACGUCACCAGGAGCACGGGCGUCCAGACGUCCCCGGACCUAAAGAAACGUUACCAGACCUUUCCCUUUGAGCGCAAAAAAGGCCACACAUUUAAACACGUGGCAGCUGUGGAAACGUAUAAAGGUCACAAUAACGGUUUUGUCAUGGAGGCGAAGCAAUCCAAAGCGGCUGAGCAGGGUUUAGACGAGGAGGAGGAGGGGGCGAGCAGAGGGAGAGGAGUCCUGAGGACCAGGGCUCUGCUCCAUACUAAUGAGUGCAUUGCCACAGUGGAGCAGCACAGUGCACCUGAUGGCCUGUGCUCCGACGCUUUGCUGCUCAGUUGCACUGCAGACACAGACUGCCUUGCGGGUACGCCGAGAGGAAGCGGAGCUGGAACACAAGGGGAGUACCAGCUUUGCAGCGUCCCGUCCAAAGCCGGAACUGGAUUACAACACAGGGAGUCCGACGUAGACCGCCUGGCCAAGAGGCAGCUGCUCAAUUUGGAGGAAGGCUCGUCCCGAACUCUCCCGGACAGAACCUCCAAGGUUACGGGCCCCAUCGCCUGGAACUCUCUCACACAGGUGGAGUGCCUGGACAGUCCGUCUGUGCAGAGCAAGAGGAAGAAAGGCCUGCAGCUGAACGGACUGUCUAGCGAGACUCUACCGCGAGCCAGCAGGGGCUGUACAACGCAGGCGCAGUGCAGUACAGGGCAGCUUUCAGCCCGGCCUAUGCGGGGCAUGGAUGAGCCUCCGUCAGGCUGCAUGGGCGGUCAGGCUGAUGGGGCUCCCUCCGACCAAACACAAGAAGCCUGCAAGCAAAUAGUGCCUGUAAACCAGGACGGGGAUGUAAAAGCACAGCUUCAAGCCAUGGAAAACCUCAUCAGUUCCAGUCAGGAGACCAUCAAAGUCCUGCUGGGCGUCAUCCAGGAACUGGAAAAGGGAGAGGCCCACAGAGAAGGACUCUCCUAUCGAACCGGACAGGACACGGCCAACUGUGACACAUGCCGGAACAGCGCAUGCAUUAUUUACAGCGUGGAACUGGACUUCAAGCUGCAGGAGGACAAGCUACAGCCACUGAUGAAAAGGCUUUGCCCUCCAACGGACUCCCACUUCCCUCCCCUGCCUUACCCCCAGGAGGCCUUCACCUCCACCCCAAAACGCAAGUCCAAAGCUGAGUCCAAGAAGCACGCCCGCUGGAAACUGUGGUUCCUGUGAGAGCUGCACGGCCGUCUCCGAUCCCUAAAAACUGACAAAGGAUUUAAGCAAGGAUCUGAAUUUCUUCACCAUUCUUUGGUUUUUACAACCUGAAGGAUUUUAUAGACCUGCUGGGCACUUUUUAAUGAAGAGCUCUGGAUAUACCUAGAUGGCAGGAGAAGUGAUAGAAGCGUGGACUGCAUGGACAAUGAACACGGUCACGCCCUACAAAAAUGGAAUAAGUCAUAACUUUGCCUAAUGUCCCGAAACAACAACAGGGAAACGUACUCAAAGAUCGAGGAGACGAGCUUACGAGCUUACUUGCCGCUGUUUCCUGGCUUCUAUUUUUUAUAACUGAUGUAGACCUGUCCCCGUUUCAUGUUGACGGAGAGAUGUCCGCCAUAUUUCUAUUCGGCUGUUGGGAUUUUCUCUUCCCUCCGAGUCUCCAGGAGAGGCUGAUCACUCAAUGCUGAAGCACCAAGGCCUACA